CACCCACACACGAUCAACCCGGGUUUCAAAAAGCUCCAGCUGUACCUGCAUGUAAAUCUUGUACUCUUCAAUUCCAUCCAUCUACUCCUCCACUACUUUGUCCAAACGAAUCCAAUCCAACCCGCAAACAUGUCUGACAAAACCUUUGGCAUGACCGAGGCCGACAUCCAAAAGGCCGAGUCUCGCACAUCCAAGGCUCACGAUGGCAACGUGCCAAAGGGCUCUGAGGCAGCUAUGAUGCAGUCCAUCCUCGACAAAUCUAGCAAAGACAAGGCCGACAUCAUCGCCGAGCGUCAAGCAAACCUCCCCCUUCCCGACGACCCGCCGGGCCCCUCCGACUUCAACAGCGCCGACGCGCGCAACGUCAACAUUAGCUCUAGCGACGUUGCCACCGGCGAUCUGUCCACCUCCGACGGUGCGCUUCGGGAGCCCGCCACGGGCGACUCGGCCUUCAGGGCAGACGCAGACGAUCUGAAGACCAAUGUGCAAGGUGCCCGUGCCGGAAGGGAGGGCGCGGACAACUUGGGCGGACUGCCGAAUGACGCUGUGUCGCAGGGCAAGAAGAACACGCAGGGCCUGGCGGAUACCACCAACCAGGGUUCCGCUGCGGACAGGGCUGCCGGUCAGUAAGAGCGCACUCGACCAGACAUGCACAGUGACUCUAGUCGGGUAUGAGGUAUGCUGGCAGGCAUAGCGUGGCUUUGCUAUACCUCAUACAGACUACGAGAGGAGUUACGAGGAAGCCAUAGCUAGCACGCGAAUGACAGUCCUUGAGAAAGGCAUGAAGCAAUGUUCUCGAUUUCCUCCCCGCCCUCAGAAGCUCCUACAUGCAUCGACUGUCUACAGCUACCUACUUACACCUGCAACACGUGGUUCAAGCCAUCAUCUUUUUCCCUUCACCACAUCAUCCCGUCAUCUUGCAUCUCGCGUGGUGAGAGAGAGGACCUGAGCUACGACCAGCCAAUGGCCCUCGCGUGAUGUGUGACGAUCCGCCUUGCCGUCGUGGAACUUGACGUCACGCGAUCGCGGGGCAGAUGCACCGAAGAUG